CCCCAUUGGGUGUCACGGCGCUCAGACUUCCUCUAACGAAAAGCCACACAGGAAACUCUGAAGCAAGAAGGGAGCAAUUUUUUCAUAUUUUUGUAGAUGCACCGUGAAAAAAAAAAAAAAGGAAAGAGAGAGAGGGUUUUUUCGUUUUUGUUUUUUUUUUUAAUACCCAACCCAGCCUUGAAAUCUACCCUCCAGAGGUGCCUUGGGCACCACCCCCGUUGGAGGCAGCCAGCCUGGGAUGAGACCGUGACGGGGAAUGAGCAGUGAGAACCAUGGGCUCGCGGAUAAAGGAAAAUCCCCAGAAGACAUUUGAUUUGUUCUUUGAGGCAGCCUGCCCCACAUCUGCAGAUGACGACCCCCAGGUGUUGAGGCAGUUCCCGGAGGAGUUCGAUGACCAGGAAUCCAUCCAGAUGCUGCCCAAAUUCUGCUUCCCCUUCGACAUAGAGAGGGUAAAGGAGAACUCCGUGGUGCAGAACUUCACCUUCGUCUUGACCGACCUGGAGGGGAACCAGCGCUUCGGUUUCUGCCGCCUGGCCGGGGGCUUCCGGACGUGCCUCUGCAUCCUCAGUUACCUGCCCUGGUUUGAAGUUUUCUACAAGAUCCUCAACAAUAUUGCUGACCACUUAGUCAAGGAGCAGCUCAAUGAACUGGCCGAGUUCCUCUCUGCCCUCUAUUGCCACCCGGUGCCCCAGCUGAACAGCCCCAUCAAACUAGAAUUUGACCAGAAGUUGAACAAACUGAGAAUAAGCACCGGCAACUUUCUGAAUGGCCGACACAGAGACCGGAGCCAGGAUCCGGCGGGCGGGACCGAGUCGCCCUCCUACUUCAUUGCCCCGGACCUCGGCAGCCUGCCCACCAUCCCGGAGAACAGGAACCUGACGGAGUUCGUGGUGGCCGUGGACGUGCCCAACAUGCUGCAGCUGUACGGGAGCAUGCUGUACGAGCGGCGCAUCCUGCUCACCUCCAGCAAGCUCAGCACGCUCACGGCCUGCGUCCAGGCCUCCUCCACCAUGCUCUACCCCAUGUACUGGCAGCACAUCUACAUCCCCACGCUGCCCCCGCACCUGCUCGACUACUGCUGUGCCCCUAUGCCCUACCUCAUCGGUGUCCAUUCCAGCCUCAUGGAGAGGGUGCGGGACAAGGCCUUGGAGGACGUGGUGAUCCUCAACAUCGACACCAACACGUUGGAGUCGCCCUUCCAAGACCUGGAGAACCUCCCGGGCGACGUGGUGUCUCUGCUGAAGCUCCAGCUGAAGAAGCAGUCGGCCACCACUGGGGACGGGGUGGCCCGAGCCUUCCUCCGAGCCCAGGCACUGCUCUUCGGCAGCUACCGUGACGCGCUGCUUUGCACCCCGGGCCACCCUAUCUCUUUCUGCCAAGAGUCCUUCCUCAACCACAAGUCUAGCACCAUGCGGGAGUUCCUGCACAACGCCGUGCACCUGCAGCUGUUCAAACAGUUCAUUGACGAGCGCCUGGAGAAGCUGAAUGCCGGCGUGGGCUUUUCGGAUGUGUUUGAGCAGGAAAUCACCAGCAGCGGGAUGGCGGCGGGUAACCUGAGGUCAUACCAGCUGUGGGUGGAGAGCCUCAAGAAAGGCGGAGGGGCCCUGAUCCACACUAUGAAGAGCAAGACGAACCCAGCCAUCAGGAACAUGUACAAAUAUGCCAAGAGCCAGGCCCGAGACAGGCUGAAGGAGAUGCGAAGUCGCUUGAGGUACAGGGACUUGAGCCAGGCUUCAUCCCUGCAGCGAGGCGGCUCCCUGAGGUGCCACCAGUUCUCGGGUCCCAUCCUGCCCCGGAGCACCCAGUCCGAGUGCCUACAGAGCCGGCUGCCCAUCACCCAGCACUUCGGGAAGUCCCGGCCCCUGCGACCCAAUAAACGCUGCAGCGAGACAGAGCUGGAGGCCCAGAGGGCUGUCCCAGCAGAAGGCCACGAGGCUCCCCCAGGCCCCAAUGCCAUCCGUGAUGGGGGGGAGCUGGACAAGAGCUUCCUGGAGACGGGCGAGAUCGACCUGCUGGGCGAGAUCUUCGAGACGCUGAGCCUGGCAGCACCCAGUGGACGGGGGCUGCUCUACGGGACCCGCAGCCUGGACUUCUGCAACCUGGAGGAGGGCAGCUGCUACACCAGGCUGAGGCACACGAACCCCAGCGAGGAGAACUUGAGCGGGCGCCAGGCCUGGGACCCCGAGGGCUGGCUGCUGGCCGAGGAGGACGACUUGUCCCUGGAGUUCGCCCCCCCGUCUUCGGAGGAGGCCUCCCUGGCCGAGGAGGAGGCUGGGGACUCCCCGCAGGCUUUGCUGCUCCCCGCCAAGGCCACGCUCCUGCCGAGCGGGAUGUGGGACUGCGGGAUCAAUGAGGAUGAGGAGGGCCCUCCCCAGCCAGCUGAGAGGGUAGCGGCGCCCAGGGUGUCCUGGCACAAGUCCUUCCAGCUCGGGGAGGAGGAGCUGGGGGGCAGGGCAGCCGGGGGGGAGGGAGGGGCUGAGCCAGCCCCUAGCUCUCUGGGGCCCCCUGAAGAAGCAGGGACAGGAGGCCCCCCUGAAGCAAACACUACAGGGACAGAGUCUGGGCAGGGGGCAUGCAGGGCAGAGCCCCACCCCAAACAGGAGAGCCCCUCCUCCCCUGAGGCAGAGCCCCACCUCCCACCAACUAGCCCCUCCUCCCCUGAGGCAGAGCCCCACCUCCCACCAGUUAGCCCCUCCUCCCCUACAGUCCAGUCAGCUGUGGCUCUCUUCCAGGCUAAGGCCUGCAGGCAAACUGACUUCAAGGGAGGGGUCCCCCCGCUGGGGCCAGGGGCCACCCUGCCCAGCUCAUCCUGGCCGGAGCUGGAACAAGCCUCCCAGCCCCCUGUCCUGCCCAAGGUAUCGGAGCUGAAGAAGAGGUUUGAGUCCUAGAAGGCUGGCAGCGUAGAAAGAGCUGCACCUGGGGGCCUAUGCUGAGCUACGGACAUUGCUGCACCAGGGGCCCCAUGCUGAGCUGCACCAGGGUUCCCCAGGGGCCAGAGAGCUGCACCAGGGGACCCCCAGCCUGAGCUAUGGGCAGAGCUGCACCAGGAGGCCCAUGCUGAGCUACGGACAUUGCUGCUCCAGGGCUCCCCAGGGGCCGGAGAGCUGCACCAGGGGCCCCCCACCCUGAGCUAUGGGCAGAGCUGCACCAGGGGCCCCAUGCUGAGUGCACCAGGACUCCCCAGAGGCCGGAGAGCUACACCAGGGGACCCCCAGCCUGAGCUAUGGGCAGAGCUGCACCAGGAGGCCCGUGCUGAGCUACGGACGUGGCUGCACGAGGGGCCCCAUGCUGAGCUGCACCAGGGCUCCCCAUGGGCCGGAGAGCUGCACCAGGGGACUCCCAGCCUGAGCUAUGGGCAGAGCUGCACCAGGAGGCCCAAAAGCUGCACUGCCCCACUCAGCCCUGCAUGGCUGAGGAGAAUGGGGAGACGCAGCCCUGCACAAAGCUGGCAGGGGGCUCUCAAUAAAUGCUUCUGGAGGAACCGCCCAGUGAUUGCUGUUCAAUCGGCGGGGCUGCCUCCCUUUCCCACCGUGGGGCGCCGCAGUCAAGAGCAUCUGCUACCGCCCUCCUUUGGCUGACCGGAUCCUGCCCCCUGCAAAAAAUAAG